UUAAAGGGGAAAAUAAAGAAAAGAAAGAAGAAAAAAAGUUCUCCAUGAAAACAAAAUCCGGAAAAACUUAACCGAUCAAGCUUAUUUUGAAGAAAAGAAGGGGUUGAGACGUCGUCGUAUAGAGCCAUGUCUUACGACUAUCUUUUCAAGUACAUUAUCAUCGGUGACACUGGCGUAGGAAAAUCAUGUCUGCUCUUGCAGUUUACGGACAAGAGAUUCCAACCGGUUCAUGAUCUAACCAUCGGUGUUGAAUUCGGUGCUCGGAUGGUCUCCAUUGAUGACAGACCCAUUAAGCUUCAAAUCUGGGAUACCGCUGGCCAAGAAUCCUUUAGAUCCAUCACUAGAUCUUACUACAGAGGAGCGGCAGGAGCCCUUCUGGUCUAUGAUAUAACCAGGAGAGAGACGUUUAAUCAUCUGAUGAGCUGGUUAGAUGAUGCUCGACAGCAUGGGAACCCGAACAUGGCCGUCAUGGUGAUCGGGAAUAAGUGUGAUCUUUCUCACCGGAGGGCGGUUAGCAAAGAAGAGGGUGAGCAGUUUGCAAACGAAAAUGAGCUUUUAUUCUUGGAAACGUCUGCAAGGACAUCUCAAAAUGCCGAGGAGGCCUUCAUCAUGACUGCUGCAAAGAUACUCCAGAACAUUAAGGAAGGGAUCUUUAACGUUUCCGAUGAGUCAUCUGGCAUCAAGAUCGGCUAUGGACGAGGACAAGGUAUAACUGGUGCUAGAGAGGGAUCCAUUGGUCAGAGAGGUAUCUGUUGCAGUCAGUAGACAAAAGAAUAUGUGUCUGUAUU